AUGGAGAGUCGGACAAUGGAGCAGCGUUCGCGCCAUGCUUCUGGCACUGGCUCGUCAUACAUCACUCGUGCAGCAGGUGACCGUCAAGGAACCGACACAUACAGCAAACGCUACAAUUAUCGUAGUCGUUCGGAUAUUCGUCGGCAAUGGAGAGUCGGACAAUGGAGCAGCGUUCGCGCCAUGCUUCUGGCACUGGCUCGUCAUACAUCACUCGUGCAGCAGGUGACCGUCAAGGAACCGACACAUACAGCAAACGCUACAAUUAUCGUAGUCGUUCGGAUGUCGGUAGUCCACGACGUUACGCAAGUCAGACGUUGUUGGACGGUUCUCGACCUGGUCCAAGUACUCCGCAUGCUCGUCGGGAUGCCCUUGAGCACUCUACAGCGCGAGCUCGAUACACUGAGUCGUUCUCCGGAUAGAUCGACUCCUCGAGGCUACACAUCCGAUACCGGCAAUGCCUACGACACAGUGCGCUCAAAAGCGCGCGGAUAUUCCAACUAUGACUAUGACACAUUCUCAUCAUCUCGCCAUCACGAGACUCGAAGUUCCGCUGUCAGCGGUGGUGGUGGCGGCGCGACGGGGAUCACCGUCCCAGGGUCCAGAUAUCCUGGCAAAGAACCAGCCGAUGAUGCUGGCAGAUGGGCUGACGACCUUCUGGAAAUUGUUUCCGAGCCAAUGAACAAGACUUUGGAUCGGAUGAAAAAGUACAGUAGUUCUUCAGCAAAUGUUGGUGAGUGCAAACUUUUCCAGUCACCAGUAUGA